CUCUCUCUCUCUCUCUCUCUCUCUCUCUCUCUCUCUCUCUCUCUCUCCCCCUCCCUCUCUCUCUCUCUCUGAGCAGCAGCAGUGUCUCUGGCAUGAGUGUUUGUAGCGGGAUGUUGGAGCAUCUGUGAGCUCGAGGAAAGAAAAAUGAAUAAAUGAAAAAACAAGGGCAGAAAAUAAUAAGAUAACAGGAAUAAAGCCAGAGACAGGGUGAUCACAGAAGAAUAUUAACAAAGCAAGAAAAAGGGGAAAGAGCUCGGAUAUUGUCUAUCUGCCUCUCACUCUCCGUCACUGUGGUGGAAUGUAGCAGCGUACGGCAGGAUUUUUUUCUUCUCUUGAAAUGACAGUCGAUGGAAAGACUAACAUACUGUGCCGGAGAGCCGUGGCAACCCAAGCAGCAGGACCAGGAGAGCAGAGGGAGGCAGAGCGCUGAGGAGGCGUGAAAGAAAAGGGGGAUUCAGACCCCCAGCUGCUUGGCUUGUUGGUUUGUGUGCUGUUUUGUUGGUUUUUUUCUUUUUUCUGUGCUGCUGCCACUGCUAUUGCUGCUGGGGAAUUAGACAAAAAAAAAGAUCUUCAGAAACUCGGGAGCUGCUCGGGAAAGGUAGGAACGAGUGGAAAGUGAACGUGUGUUUUUUUGAGCUGAGUCAGCGUUGAAUCUAAGCUGCAGUAAAGAGCUCCCACUGAUCCUCCGAACGAGGGAGCGAGAGAAGGAGGAAGAAAAUCAAGAAAACAACAUUAAGAAAAUUAAAAUGGUUUUAUUUCUUCAGUAGAGGCGAUGUCUAGCUGCGAACUGACUGCAACUCCCCCAGAGGAAGGAUUUACAGAUUAUAUUUAAAGAUAUUAGAUAUAUAUAUAUAUAUAUCUAUCUAUAUAUAUAUUUUUUAAAUAUAUAUUUUGUUUUGCCUGGGAUUAAAAUUUCUAUACUGUACUGUGUUCUAUUUUUGUCUGGGACAUCAUUUUUUUUCCCUUGAAAACAAAACAUCUCAAAUAUAUUUAUUCGAUAUUUCUAUUUCUACUCACUCUCCUCCACUCUCUCUCUCUGUCUUGCUCUGUUGCUCCUCAAUGCCUAGUAUUGCUUGUUGCCCCUCUGCUCAGUCCUGCCCAUGUCCCCCUUCCCCCUACCCCAGGGGUUAACCCUUUCUGCACCAGCAGGAUGAGCGAGGCUGUGACGGCCGCUGUGUCGGGGGCUGUGAUCUCGGAGGAUCCAGAGGGGGCCGCAGGGGGUUCUGAGCAGCCCUCCCCCCCUGAGCCUGGACCCCUGCGCUGUGGCAGCUGUGCCCUGUGGCCCCGGCAGCAGACCUGGCUGUGCGUGGUGCCCCUGCUCAUUGGCUUCAUCGGCCUGGGCCUUAGCCUCAUGCUGCUCAAGUGGAUCGUGGUGGGCUCGGUCAAGGACUACGUCCCCACAGACCUGGUGGACGCCAAGGGGAUUGGGCAGGACCCCAUCUUCCUGUCCAAGCCCAGCGCCUUCCCCAAAAACUCAGAGACUACUACAGCCACCACCACAGUAUCCAGCAGAACUCGACCUGGACUGGGGAGCCACAGCACCACCACAGCCUCCAGUGCUGGCGCGGUGGGCCCGGCCGGCUCCGGCAGCUUCACGCCACGCCCCCCCAACCGCAUCAGCACCCGCAUCACCACCACCACCACGCGGACCCCCAGGCUGCUGCCCCCAGGGGGCCGGGGAGUGACCCCACGAGGCACCACGGUCCGCAGAGUGACCACGGGCAGCAGUGCCGGGACGGAAUCAGCGGUGCCCACAGGUGCAGUAACCCCAACGACGGAGGCUCACCAGGAGCCCACAGCCCCGCCCUCGCCCUCGCCCUCAGGGCGCUUCUACCUUCACGAUUCGACAGCUGUCUGGACCCUCGGUCACUUUCCAGCAGAGAGCUCGCCCGCCGUGCCCACUCGACCCCCCCUGCGCACCAAAACACAUGCCCCCACCUCCCCUCCUGAGCGCUCGGAGCACUUCAAGCCAUGUCGAGACAAGGACCUGGCGUACUGCCUGAACGAGGGAGAGUGCUUUGUCAUCGAGACCUUGACAGGCUCGCACAAACACUGCAGGUGCAAAGAGGGGUACCAGGGGGUUCGUUGCGACCAGUUCCUUCCGAAAACCGACUCCAUCCUCUCCGACCCAAAAGACCACUUGGGGAUUGAGUUUAUGGAGAGUAAGGAGGUGUACCAGAGGCAGGUGCUGUCAAUCUCCUGCAUCACAAUUGGGAUCAGUCUCCUGGGCACGCUCUGUGUUGCCUUCUACUGCCGCAACAAGAGACGGAAGGAGAAGCUCCAAGCUCACCUGAAAGACAGCCACAGCCUCAAGAGCUACAGCCUCAACACCUCCAGCCUCAUGUCCAAAUCCACCCUCAGGCCUCAGAGUUACUGCAAGGCUCCUGUGCCCUCCCCUGCACUAGGGGGCAGUGUUCAUGAGUCCAGUUUCUCACACGGUGGCCAAUCCCCCCACACCAGGAUUUCGCAGAAGGUGAAACAGCACAGGAGCAACUCUCUGUCUCACAGCCCAGACCAGCGAAGCCGAGCCACACACAGAUUUGCCCCUCGCAGGACACCACCACUUCCGCAUGGGAGACUCAACCCUAUUGGAGGAGCCAGGGAUUCUGGGCCCGCCUACCAGCACCUGCAGGAGGCUGAGCCAUCAGAGAAGGAGGCGGUGCAGGAAGGGCACUACUCAGUAAGCGGCGUACCCCCACUACACCCCCAGGAUGUUUUAUUAAAUAUGCAACCCCCCCUCUGUGCUUCUGCUGCAGGGGCUGGAGGGGCAAAGCCUGAACUGCAGUGCAGCCUAGAUCCCCAGAGAGCCUGGUCCAUCCCUAUCAUCCCCUCUGUCCAGGGCCCCGAUGACCCUUCCUGUAUGCAAACAAGCAGAGAACGAGGGGGCAGGGGCUGUGCUUCAGCACCAGGGAGCUCCGCCCUCUCUCUCAGCCCCAUGUGCUCCCCGGCUGCAUUACCACCCUCUGGCCAGCAGCAGGAGGUGGCGCUAUUGCUCCACACUGCUCAUGAGCAGCUCAGGGUGCUGGCACACGCUCACAGGAAGUGUGAGGACUGCAGUCCGGUCCUCCCAGCCAGCUUCAUGUCAUCGGCUAUAAGAAGAGGAGGCGUGGCCAAAGCCACCCCUGCUGAGACCCAAUUGGUCCACCCCAGAGGUCCCCACAAAGACAACUCCCCUUCCUGUCAGUGAACCAUAAAGAGGAGUGGCUGAUCUGAUCUUGGACCGAUCGUACAGCAGGGGAGGAGUUUCAAAACUGGAACUGAAACGGUACAAACGUGACUGCAGAAACAACAUAUGGGAACAAGCAAAUACAAAAAAAAACUUUAAAAACGCAAACUAAUGACAAAUGGAAGAAACGAAAAGACAAACAGAUGGGGGUUCAAAACUAAAAAAAAGAGAAAUUAUUUAUAUGCAUUUAUUUAAAAUGAGAAACAUCUACUUAGAAAGAAAACCAAAUAGUCUGUCAUCUUCAUGGUGUUUUUAAUUGUUAAAAAAAGUAAAAUGUAAAGAAGUAAAGUAACACAAAUGAUAAAAACGUGAAUUUUUACAAGUAAACAAUUAUGAAACUCACUUCAAACUGCCUGCCAUUCACCCUCAAUCUGUACCCCUAUGUAAUGUAACAGAGCCCCCAACUCUCCCUCAAUCUGUAACAGAGCCCCCAACUCUCCCUCAAUCUGUAACAGAGCCCCCAACUCUCCCUCAAUCUGUAACAGAGUCCCCAACUCUCCCUCAAUCUGUAACAGAGCCCCCAACACUCCCUCAACACUCCCCCAAUCUGUAACAGAGCCCUCAACUCUCCCUCGAUCUGUAUCCCUCUGUAACAGCUCUCCCUGAUUAAAUGCAGACAGUUUAUUCCCC